AUGAUUCAAAGGCACACUCGAUGCAGUACCAGCUAUUGUUUAAGAAAAAAAGGAAAUGAAAAAGAACCCAAAUGUAGGUUUAAUUUCCCAUUUCAACUUAAUGAAAAAACCUCAUUACAGUUUGAACUUAUUCAUUCCAAGGAUAACGCACCAAGAUAUAAAAUACAAGUUGUAACUAAAAGGAAUGACUCUAGACUUAUCAGUCACCAAAGACUUCAGCUUCAAGGCUGGCGUGCAAACUGUGAUAUUCAACUUGUUGCAGAUUACCAGGCCUGUGUUGAGUACCUGGCAAAGUAUACAGCAAAGAGUGAAACAAGAUCUCACCUGCUUAAGAACACAUUCAGUGCUAUUGCUCACAACUGUCAGUCAACUGCCGAUGCCACAACAAUGAUAAAGAAAACUAUCAUGAAAACACUAGGUCAGAGAGAUUUUUCUGCACAGGAAACAAUGCUCCAUUUGCUUUCUCUUAAUUUUUUCAGCUCAUCCUUCAUAGUAUUUCCUGUGAACUUGAAUGGCUCCCGUAGACUUAACCUGUCUGAUGCACCCGAUGAAGUAGUAACAACAGAUAGCUUACUUGAUACAUAUGCUCAACGAGACAGAUAUCAAGCAGAUUUAAAAUGCAACUUGACAAAUAUGAACUUUCUUGAGUUUGCAACAAAGUACAAACUCGUUUCUGGCAAAUUGGUUACUCAGCCUAAAAACCUAAUUCCAAGGGUUUUUCCUACACAUUCUUCAAGCAUAAAAAGCCCCAAUUUUGGCUUGUGCUGUAAGUAUCAAUUAUUGAGGUAUAAGCCAUGGAAAACACCACCACAAGAUGCAUGGGGAAAUAAACAGGAAAAUGAUGAACUAUUCAUUAGUCAGUGGAAAACAUUCUUGCAGUCAGAGUAUGCCCAAAACUAUGUUCCUGAUUGGCAUGACAAACUUGAAGGUUUACAGGUAUAUUCUGAUUCUGAUUUACAUACUGAAGAGUAUACUGAAUCAGAGCAACGUGAAGAAUGGAUGAUUUUAGCAGACUUUUCUAUUUCAAACAAUUCAAGUGAUCCUGAAGCUUCCUCGCUACAUAAUUGGCAGACAACCUCUUACCCAUAUACUUCACAACAAGUAGCUGAAAUGCCAUCCUGGAUAAUUUCUCAAAAGCAAACAUAUAUUUAUCAAACUUCAAAUAACCCUUUCAACAACAUAAACAUCAAUACUUUCAGUGAUAUGCAGGCACUUGCAUACAAUUUAGUUAAAGAACACUUUGAAAGCCCAAGCCAAGAACCACCCUUACUUUUAAUAAUAAAUGGAUUUGCAGGAACUGGCAAAAGUUACCUUAUAAGUGCUUUAAGAUCUCUACUACAGCUAUCUUGCAUUGUGACUGCCACUACUGGAAAGGCAUCAUUCAAUAUCAAUAGCAAAACAAUUCAUUCACUAUUAAAUUUACCUAUUGGUCCAAGAGGUAACAAUGAUCUUAAAGGACAGUCUCUUUUAAGGUUGCAAGACCGGUUACAUGAUGUUAAAUAUAUCUUAAUCGAUGAGCAUUCUAUGCUCGGCCAGACAUUGCUUGGCCGGAUUGACAAACGAUGCAGGCAAGCAACUGGACUACAUGAUGAAAUUUUUGGGGGAAAAUCUAUUAUUUUGGUAGGCGAUCCAGCACAGUUACCACCUGUUGCAGACAAACCACAGGACCUAUUGGCGAACAAGGCAACAUUGCAUAUUUAA